GAAAAAUACCUUCAAGCAUAAAUGCGCCCCCAUCUCGUGUUCAUAUGAUGGUUCACUAGCCCUAGAACCACCAGAUCUCAUUCAUUGUCUUCUUCUCCUUCUGUGCUCUAAUUAAUUUUGUGUUGAUUUUUCACACGUGUGAGCACAGAAAACAUGGAUGCUAGCUCCGCUCCCCCAUAUGGUCUAACCCUAGCUGAGUUUUCCGAGCUGGAGAGCCUCAUCGACACGUACCACAAAUUCGAGCCGUCGCCGAACACAUGCACGUCUCUAAUAACGCAGAAAAUCGAAGCUCCGGCGCAGCAGGUUUGGCCAUUGGUCCGGAGCUUCGACAGCCCUCAAAGAUACAAGCACUUCAUCAAGAGCUGCAACAUGAAAGGCGACGGCGGAGUUGGGAGCAUAAGGGAGGUGACGGUGGUUUCGGGGCUCCCGGCGUCGACGAGCACCGAGAGGCUGGAGAUUUUGGACGACGAGAAGCACAUAAUAAGCUUUAGGGUUGUGGGAGGGGAGCACAGGCUUAAUAACUAUAGGUCGGUUACUUCGGUCAAUGAGUUCGUUAACUGCAAAGGCGAGGAGGGGGAUAAUCAGGUUUACUCGAUUGUUUUGGAGUCGUAUGUGGUGGACAUACCGGAAGGGAACACCGAGGAGGAUACAAAGAUGUUUGUGGACACUGUGAUCAAGUUGAACUUGCAAAAGCUUGGGGUGGCUACUAUGGCGGCGAAUCCGCAUGGCAAUACUGUAGGAGGACAUGAUCAAUCAUAAAUUGCUUCUCUUUUUUCUAAUUUUUUUUUUUUUUUUUUUGUCAAAUUUUAGUGGUUAGCAUUGUUGUUAAUUUUGAUUCAAGUUGACUAUUGUUCCCAUUUCUUAUUUUUAUUUACUUUGUCAAUAAUGUACAUUGGGACAUUGGGAUAUAUUCGAGAUAUAUUGUAAUGGGGGAUAUUAUUUUUUAAAUGCUAUCCCCUCUUCAAUAAAAUAACAAGAGCAAAGCACUAUGGUUGGUUGUUUUUUUUUUUUUUAAUUUAUUAUUAAAUAAUUAAAAAGACAGGGGGGGACUUCAAAUCCGAAAGUUCGGAACCGAAUGGAUGAAAAUCUAACACUUCUACUAGGAUAUUGGAACUCGGGACGCAUGGUUGGUAUGUUUCAACAUAUUAUAAGCUUUUCGUUAUUAUCUUAUUGAAAUCCACCGGCCUCCUCUAGACUUGAACCGUAAGAUUUUGAAACCUGUCUUCAAUUAAAUAAAUAUGUCCUACAUUGAGAAAUUAAAGUUUUGUAUGGAAGUUUGGAUGCUCUAAUUCUUAUGUCAUCAGACCAAGUUAUUUGGCUGGUUUGAGAUUGAAUCA